AUGGCAAAUGAUAUAGAUAAAAAAGAAGUUUGGAAGGAAGAUGCUGAACCUCAUUCAUUUCAAGAUUGCCCAACCGAUGAUGGGAUUCACAAAGUUGAUGUGAAGGUGGAUCCUCAUUUCGAUGUAGUGAAGGACAUUGCUGUUGAUGAUGUGAAGUACAAACUAGAUGAGAAAGCAGAUUCUGAUAUUUAUACAGUGAAAGACAUAACCGUGGAUGAUGGUGAUCCCAAGUUAGAUACCAUGGUAGUUGCUGAUAAUGUACUUAGAGACAUAGAAAACAAGGAACUGAUCAAAGAUGUGUGUGAAAAAAUGGAAGAGAUUGAUGAUAAAGGUGACAGAGAAGAUGCUGCUGUGCAGAAGAAUUUAGCAUCCAAGGGUCCGCAGAGACAAAAAUCUGACAAACUGCUGCCUCCCACCCCUAAGAAACAGCCUACACUGAACACAAAACCAGCUGCAGAUACAGUUCUAGUCAAACAAAAAGUUAAGCAGCAAGAACCCCCUGUUGCUAAUGCAAGAAUGGCAAAACCAAAUACAGUAUCUAGGUGGAUCCCUCCGAACAAAGGUUCAUAUACCAAUUCAAUGCAUGUAUCAUAUCCACCCUCAAGAUAUAAUAGUGCACCACCUGCUCUUGCUUUAACUUCUCCUAAAGAAUCUGGUUCAGGUGCCAAUUCAAAGGCUUCUUCUCCCCUCACUUCCCCUGGAGCUGUGGUUUCAAAAGAUGUAACAACUGAAAAGACAGGGCGUAAGGUGGAAUCUUUAAAGCCGGCUAGUAGCUCAACCCCUCUUCUAUCACCAGCUCCUGGCCCACAGAAAGGUACCACAUCUCAUUCCCCACAAACACCAACUGAUAAUGAGGUUUCCAAAUUUUUCCCGCCACCCCCUCCACCGCCACCGCCACCGCCUCCGCCUCUGCCUUUUACCGCACGGCAAAAUAUUGGGUCUAUUUUGCACCCUGAACCUUCACCACCCCCUCCUCCACCAUUUCCUCCUUCGCUUGGUCAGCAAAAUAAUGGGAUGGUGGUGCCUCCCCCACCACCUCCACCACCUUGGAAAUCAGCGAAUUCUUCAGUUAACCUUAUUAAUAUAACAAGUUCUCCAUCGCUACCUCCACCACCACCUCCUCCUCCUCCUCCUCCUCCUAUGAGUGGGUCAAGACUUGGAGCUGGAAUUCCUGCUCCGCCUCCCCCUCCCCCGCCCCCUCCCCCUAUGCAAGGUAGUCCACCCCCACCUCCUCCACCACCUCCCCCUCCCCCACCUAGUCGUGGAGCUCCAUCUCCUCCUCCACCUCCACCUCCUCCACCUAUGCAUGGAGCAUCACUACCACGACCACCACCUCUUUUGCAUGGACCUCCACCUCCACCACCACCACCACCACCAUCAAUACUUGGAGCUCCACCUCCGCCACCUCCGCCAAUGCGUGGAGCUCCACCUCCACCACCUCCUCCAAUGCGUGGAACCCCACCACCACCUCCUCCUCCAAUGCGAGGAGCCCCACCUCUUCAGCCACCUUCUAUAGGUAGGGGCCCACCUCCCCCACCUCCUCCGUUGCAUGGAGCUCCACCUCCUCCACCUCCUCCUGGAGGUCAUGCAUCUGGCCCUCCUGCUCCACCUAGACCCCCAGGUGGCGCACCCCCUCCACCUCCACUCUUGGGUGCCAGAGGACCUUCUGCUACAGCCCCUCCACCUCCAAGAGGUCGUGGACUUUUACGUUCUACAGGGACGGGAGCUAUGGGUAUGGUACCACGAAGGUCUUCCUUGAAGCCUCUACAUUGGAGUAAAGUAACAAGGGCAUUACAAGGAAGCUUAUGGGAAGAAUUGCAAAGACAUGGAGAACCUCAAAUUGCACCAGAAUUUGAUGUCUCUGAGUUAGAGAGCCUUUUCUCUGCAACAGUCCCAAAACCUGCUGACUCAGGUAAAGGUGGAGGGCGUCGCAAGUCUGUUGGGGCCAAACCUGACAAAGUCCAUCUGAUUGACCUGAGAAGGGCCAAUAACACAGAAAUUAUGCUCACAAAAGUUAAGAUGCCACUUUCUGAUAUGAUGGCUGCCGUACUAGCAAUGGAUGAUUCAAUAUUAGACGUUGAUCAAGUGGAAAAUCUUAUAAAAUUUUGUCCAACAAAAGAGGAGAUGGAACUACUUAAGAACUACACUGGUGACAAGGAGAACCUGGGGAAAUGUGAACAGUACUUUCUCGAGCUGAUGAAAGUGCCACGAGUUGAGUCAAAACUGAGAGUAUUUGCUUUCAAGAUUCAGUUCGGCUCUCAGAUUUCGGAAUUUAAAAAGAAUUUGAAUACUGUAAACUCUGCAUGUGAGGAGGUACGAAAUUCAGUCAAAUUGAAGGAAAUUAUGAAGAAGAUUCUUUAUUUGGGGAACACAUUGAACCAAGGGACUGCAAGGGGUUCUGCUGUUGGAUUUAAGCUGGACAGUCUUUUAAAACUCACAGAUACACGUGCUUCUAAUAGCAAGAUGACACUGAUGCAUUAUUUAUGUAAGGCUGCCGUACUAGCAAUGGAUGAUUCAAUAUUAGACGUUGAUCAAGUGGAAAAUCUUAUAAAAUUUUGUCCAACAAAAGAGGAGAUGGAACUACUUAAGAACUACACUGGUGACAAGGAGAACCUGGGGAAAUGUGAACAGUACUUUCUCGAGCUGAUGAAAGUGCCACGAGUUGAGUCAAAACUGAGAGUAUUUGCUUUCAAGAUUCAGUUCGGCUCUCAGAUUUCGGAAUUUAAAAAGAAUUUGAAUACUGUAAACUCUGCAUGUGAGGAGGUACGAAAUUCAGUCAAAUUGAAGGAAAUUAUGAAGAAGAUUCUUUAUUUGGGGAACACAUUGAACCAAGGGACUGCAAGGGGUUCUGCUGUUGGAUUUAAGCUGGACAGUCUUUUAAAACUCACAGAUACACGUGCUUCUAAUAGCAAGAUGACACUGAUGCAUUAUUUAUGUAAGGUCCUUGCUGCUAAAUCUCCAGCUCUUCUGGAUUUUCACCUGGAUCUUGUUAGCCUUGAACCUGCAACUAAGAUACAAUUGAAAUCUUUAGCUGAAGAAAUGCAAGCUAUAAUCAAGGGAUUAGAAAAGGUCAAGCAGGAGAUGGGAGCAUCUGAAAAUGAUGGCCCUGUGUCUGAAGUUUUUCGUAAGACACUGAAAGGAUUUAUAUCUGUUGCUGAGGCUGAGGUGGCAUCUGUAACAAAUCUUUAUUCCGUUGUGGGUAGAAAUGCAGAUGCCCUUGCAUUAUAUUUCGGUGAGGAUCCUGCCCGUUGCCCAUUUGAGCAAGUUACUGCGACUCUCUCAAAUUUUGUGAAGUUGUUCAGGAAAGCACAUGAAGAGAAUGUGAAACAGGCGGAACUGGAGAAGAAGAAAGCUGAGAAGGAGGCUGAAAUGGAGAAGGCUAAGGGAAUUAAUCUUACAAAGAAGAUUGUGAAGUAGCUGAUGAGUGAUUUCUUUCUAUCUCCUCCAUGAGAAAUUUAGCUCCCGGCAUACAGCAGAAGUCUGUCACUAUAUUUUGUUUGAGUGACAACAAAAUGACACUGCUGCCAGGAGACUCAGGCUGGUUGAACCCACUAUCCAGUACUGGUGCAAUGCUAAGCCUUCGAGGGUAAUGUAAAUGAGGUUAAAAGGCCACUCCUCGAAAUGUGCGGAUGCAAAACCAUGUGAAAGUUCUUUCUGUACAAGUUUGAGAGAAUGCUGUUCAACACAUGAUAAUGGUCAACGUAUCCCCCCGGUAGAAGUAUUACAUGUCAAGUGGAUUAAGGUGGUUUGAUAUGUAGCACAGGUUCUCCACAUGAUGGAGUGGUUUCUCUGCACAUUUUCCGGUGAAAUUUUGUAGUUCUUGCCAGUCCCUCUCGAAGUAGACUGUUUGGUUUCAGCUCCACCAUUUGUUGACUAUUAUUUUGCAGCACGGGAGCGAAUGCCUUUGGAAUUGUAAAGCAUCAAGUCCUGCCCGCUGUACCUUGGAACCAUGUACAAAGUUCUAACCCUUAAUUUAGUUAGGAUUCAAUUCUUUACCUUGUAACAUAGAAGCUGAUUCUUGUUUUGAUAGUUGAGAUUUUGACAAAAGCCCAGCACGAAAAAAUUAUUGUAUAGGUUGACAGGGUCAGAAAUAGAGAAAUUAGAAGACGGGCUUUCUCCAGUGUAAUUGUAAUAUAACAGCAAAAUAUAGGCUGCAAUUUGGAAACCCCAUGUUUCGGUCUUUUCAAUUCUUCAUUCAAUUAUUAUAGUUAAAAUUC